UGUCGGCAGGGUUUUUUUUUUUAAUCUUUCAAAUGUUUUCGCUUCCCGCCGGAAUCAUGCAGUCGUAUCAUUUAGAGUGACAGCUCUAUGUGAAGAAGUUCUUCGACUGUUCUGUAGGAAAAUAUUUUCGGAACAAACGUUUGGAUCCGCUGGGGGUGGACUGACUGAGCGGCACGGAGCUCUCUUGGCUAACAUUAGUAGCCGCGCGUCUGGGGUCUGCCGGGCCGGUCCGCUGCGCAGGUUUGGAGCGCGCGCCAUUUUGUGAAAAUUGAUAUAUAAUCUUGGUGGAAAAGUGAUUUUUUUUUUUAAAUAUUAAGGCAUAUUGGCAGGAUAUGAUGUAUAUACACGCGUAGCAAUUUUACCAUUGUUGACGUCGCGCUUCCCUCCCUCCAGAGUGUUCUAAUCUGUGCUCCGCCGUAAACCAGAGAAACAUUCUCACUUUUGAACGAAAGCUAGCGGAAGCAGCAGCAGCUAGCCGUUAGUCACGUUUGUCAAGUCAACGAUACCCGGCUAGCAUCAGUGCACCGCGCUCCUGCGUCUGACCUGCUAUGGCUGUUUUCACGAACAGCGGGACAUUUGGUUGUGUUCGCAGUUUGACGCCUGUCAGUUAGGUUGUUAGCUGUGUGUGUGUCUCGGAGUGCCUCAGUCAGUGAACGCGUCGUAACCAACGUUACAGAAGCUGGAUCAUUGGCUUUACCUUUCCGGAUCUGGGCCUUUAAAUGAAGAUCACAUCAUUAAAGGGGGAGAGACCUCAGCAUGCCAACCCUGGUCUGGCCGGCUUGCACGCUCUUUUUCUUUCAAUGCUGCUGGGUUUCACAUGGCUGCACCGAUGCCUCAUUCACACCCGCAGCACAGUGACUGUCACCAGCAGAGUACAGAGCAGUCUGGCACUGUGCUACCAUACAGUGACCAGACGCAGGUGCUCACUGCCACUCAGAGGCACAUGCCCCAGUGUUUUCGUGAACCAACUGCAGCUCCUUUGAGGAAGCUUUCUGUUGACUUAAUCAAAACCUACAAACACAUUAAUGAGGUGUAUUAUGCAAAAAAGAAACGACGGCAUCAACAGGGUCAUUGUGAGGACUCCAGCCAUAAGAAAGAGAAGAAAGUCUUCAAUGAUGGCUAUGAUGAUGACAACUUUGAUUACAUUGUUAAGAAUGGAGAGAAGUGGAUGGACCGUUAUGAAAUCGACUCUUUAAUAGGAAAGGGUUCAUUUGGGCAGGUUGUUAAAGCUUAUGACCGUGCUGAACAGGAAUGGGUCGCAAUCAAAAUCAUCAAGAACAAGAAGGCUUUUCUGAAUCAAGCUCAGAUUGAAGUGCGGCUGCUGGAGCUCAUGAACAAACAUGAUACAGAAAUGAAAUAUUACAUAGUUCAUCUGAAGCGGCACUUCAUGUUUCGGAAUCACCUUUGUUUAGUGUUUGAAAUGUUGUCAUACAACUUGUAUGAUUUGUUACGAAACACAAACUUCAGAGGAGUUUCUUUAAACCUGACGCGGAAGUUUGCCCAGCAGCUCUGCACAGCACUGCUGUUUCUUGCCACUCCUGAACUCAGCAUCAUCCACUGUGACCUCAAGCCAGAGAACAUCCUACUAUGUAACCCCAAGAGAAGCGCCAUUAAAAUAGUGGACUUUGGAAGCUCCUGCCAACUGGGACAGAGGAUAUAUCAGUAUAUCCAGAGUCGAUUCUACCGCUCCCCUGAAGUGCUGUUAGGAAUGCCAUAUGAUCUGACAAUAGACAUGUGGUCUCUGGGGUGCAUACUGGUGGAGAUGCAUACAGGAGAGCCUCUGUUCAGUGGAGCCAAUGAGGUGGACCAAAUGAACAAAAUUGUUGAAGUCCUUGGUAUCCCACCCAGUCACAUAAUGGACCUAGCACCAAAAGCCAGAAAGUUUUUUGAGAAAUUAUCAGAUGGGACGUGGAGCAUUAAGAAGACCAAAGACGGGAAAAGGUACAAGCCUCCAGCUUCUCGUAAACUCCAUACCAUUUUGGGGGUGGAGGCUGGUGGACCUGGUGGUCGAAGAGCUGGUGAGUCUGGCCAUGCAGUGGCUGACUACUUGAAGUUCAAGGACCUUGUGCUCAGAAUGCUAGACUACGACCCCAAGACUCGAAUCCAGCCCUACUAUGCGCUCCAGCACAGCUUCUUUAAGAAGACUGCAGAUGAAGGAACCAACACAAGCAGCAGUGUUUCAACAAGUCCUGCACUUGAGCAUUCGCAGUCCUCAGGGACCACUUCUAGUACAUCCUCAAGCUCAGGAGGAUCAUCUGGAACGAGUACCAGUGGCAGAGCGAGGUCUGAUCCCACUCACCAUCAUAGGCACAGUGGAGGGCACUUUAGCACAGCAAUGCCAAGCAUAGACUGUGACAACCUCCGCUCUCAGAAAAGACAGCCUUACCAUCCUCCUGUAGUAUGGACUGAUGGUGUUGGCCCUGAAGUGGUCACUGUAGAGACGCAUCCAGUGCAGGAGACCACUUUUCAUGUGCCUCCCCAGCAUCCUAAAGCAUUACACCCUCAUCACCACCACCACCACCACCAUCACCACCAUCAUCACGGACAGGUCAUAACAUCAUUCCCUCGGUCACGGCUCUACAACUCUCCCACCAACAGCGCCUCCACACAGGACUCCAUGGAGGUUGGGCAUGGCCAUCUGUCCAUGACAUCGCUGUCUUCCUCUGCCUCCUCUUCCUCCACCUCUUCCUCUUCCACAGGAAACCAUGGCCACCAGGUGUACCAGUUCCGCCAGGGGCCCACCACAGCCCUGGACUUCAGCCGAAUCGGGAGCAUGGGUUUGGGUGCCUUCUCAAAUCCCCGCCAAGAAACUGGCAUUGCUGGACAUCCACCGUACUCCGUUCCCUCCAACACAGGACCUGGGCACUUCAUAACAGAGGGACAUUUGGGAAUGAGACAAGGCAUUGAUAGAGAUGAGUCUCCGAUGUCUGGAGUCUGCGUUCAGCCGAGCUCCAUGGCUAGUUCGUGACUAAUCUAAAAAUGUUUUGUUUUCUGUAAUGUGGUUAUGAAUAUUUUUUUUUUCUAGGUGAUAUUUUCCUUUUCUCCUAUUUUUAAAUGGUGCAUAGAGAACAAAAAGCUGCUCACUUUUUAGGGGAGAUAUCACUGAAACGCUACAACUGAAGAGUAUUUAAAGUAUAUGUAUUCAAAUCUCUUUUCCACUUAACAGACACAUUCGUAAUACUGCAAAAUGACCAUCAUAAGUUUGCAUCUUCCAGUUCACUCACUACACAUAGUACUCAUGUCCCACUCGUCGUUCGUUAAAAUUUUUUUUUUAAAUCUCUAAUAUUUCAGAGCCAAGAACUGCCACACAGCUAUCUACAUUUAAAGCAAUGCAAAAAACCAUCAAUUUAAAUUCCAACAGUGAAACAUUUAGCAAAAAAAAAUUUUUUUCUUGAUAAUUUAUUUACCCUUUAUUUGAAAAGGAGAUGUGUGUUUUUAAAACCUGUAGUGUGUGCAGGAAGAAGUACUCUCAGUGGUCUUUAGUGUUGUCUGUAUUGUGUAACUGUGAGAAGCGUGUGCUCAGACUGUGGGAGCAGAUUGAGCUGCAGUAGCGUUCAGGCUGAGAUGCGUCUCACUAUGUAUUCCAGUUAUGGAGAAGAUGCACUGAAUGGGGUCAGAUCCAUAUUAGGGGGUUCUUGUUAAGAACCCUAUUGGCCUUAUGAUUUUUGAACAUUUGAACGAAAAGAGCAUGGACAAUACUGUUCGGAUAAAGACGGCUUUCCUCUUCUUUUAACGUAAACGAUAAUUAUUUAGAGGAAUGCUGACUAGAGUUAAAAAGUAAUCAAGAGGUUAUUAAGAGGCCUUUAUUUAACAAAGGGACUUAAGGGACUCAUAAUUACAGGGUCAAGUGUUUUAAUCGUGACUUCCUACAAUUCUUUCUUAUCGAAGUAGGAUUUCACAACAGAGUUAGUCACCCCAUAUGAGAUGUUUGAUUUUAUUUAUUUGUUCCUUUUCCUUUUGAUUGUAUGCUUUCCAUUGAACACUGUUAAAUUUGCUUAUUCACUUUUUUAGUACGGGAAUAUUCACUGAAAUUUGUGACUGCCUUUAUCCCCUCUUGAAUUAUGCUGUGAACUUUACAUAUUUUUUUAAAUACCAAAGUAAUUGGUUUUUUAUGGUUCUGUAACCAAUAAUGUAGCAGUUCACCACUCAAACACAGCGUUUUAUUAAAUGAUCAGUUUUGUCCAUACCAAAUGUCUAUCAACUACUUUUGCAAAAUGGAAAUUUUGCAAAGCUUGGUUGAAUUAUUGUUUGCUUAAACAUCAAAAGCCUGUUUGUUUGUUUUUUUUGUUUUUUUUCCACCAUGAAACCAUAGUUUGGCACAACACUGCUGCUCUGCAGGCUACGGAGUAGCUGUGAAAGAUUACAAAAGGGGGGGUUUGGGGUUUUUUUUGUUUGUUUUUAUUUUGUUUUGUUUUUUUGGGUCAUCAGUUGGUGGGUGAUGCUACUUUUUCUACUUACUUUGGAUGACAUGCUAAUUUUUACCGAAGGACCAUACUUCAGCUAAACUAUUCAGGCAGUCUACUGUAGCUACUGAGUGCAAGUUGAGUUUGUCAGACAUUUUGUUUGGUGCUUGUUUCCCAUAUACUGUUUAAACAGAAUCUAAAUAUGGCACUGAUGGCACAUGGGCAUAUGCAUGUUUCCAAGAGAGUCAGUGUUCUCAAUCACUUUGCAGUCAAAGAAGUAAUUGUUAGUUAAUUGCAUAAGCAAUCCCACCCACACUUUAUAGUAUAACAGGUUGUGACGUGUUCUCCACCCGUGCUCACACUUUGCAUUGGGUAUUGACUAAGACCAACUCCAUGCAUAUUACGAAUGAAUCUUUAGUGUCCUGCUGCUAAAUCAGGUAACAGGACACUAUUGUACGAGUGGUGUUUAUUUUGCUGAAGGCAUCUUUACCCUCUUAUAAAACAAAUAAUGUUUGAUAUAUUUACAUAUUCUGAGAAGAGUAAUGGUGAUGAGAAAUGGUUCAUAUAAAUGUUAAAUGGCUUUUAAAAAUAGUUUUUAUAAAUGACCCCAUUUGAGUGGGGAACAGCAAUUUGCUGAGCUCAAAACAUUCCAAAAAUAAACCUGGAAAAACUAAACCGAUAUUAAGUGUCUACCUGUUUUAGCUCUCUGAUUUAGUGUCGUUUCCUGAAAUGCAGCCCCUUUUUAAUAGUUGAAAUAGACUUGAUGUGUAUAUAUAUUUAUAUUUUUUAAUAAAGGAAAUACAGAAUUCGC